AUGGAUAACUUAGAAGAGCUGAUAGAAGAAUAUAUAUGCCCUGAAAAAGUCAUGUUUACCUAUGAGAAGGAGAAAAAAAUUGAAUUAAUUUAUGAAAAGAAUAAAGAUAAAGAAGAAAAUAAAAUAAGAGAUAACAUACUACAAAAAUUAUUAUUAUUGAUAGAAAAGGAAGAUUAUGAAGAGAAUGAAGAAGGAAAUACAAAAGAAGUAUAUAAAGAAUAUGAAAAAAAAUCACAUGGGAAAAGAUAUGAAAAUAAUGUUAGGUCUUCAAAUAAUUUUGUUUCAAAGGAUAUACUUGAUAUGUGCCUAUUUAAAAUAAAAAAGUGGCCUAAUAAUAAUUUAAUAAAAAUAAUUAGAAUCUUGAAAAAAUACUAUUUCUGUAAUGAAAAUAUGAAGAGAGGUACAUCGAUAAAUUUGGUUACACAACUGUUAGAAAGAAUAGACAUUUGUGAUAUGCCACUUGAUUAUUUUGAAACAUUUGUUUAUUUUUUUAUUAAGAAAAUAGAAGAUUGGCAUUGUAUUAAUGGAGUAGUAAAUUUUUUCUUUCUGAUGUUUGAAAAAUAUGAACAUGUUUUAAAAAGUAUUUAUUAUAACAAUGAAAUAACAGAGUUGUAUAAAAAUUUGUUUAUUUAUAAAAAUAAAACUAAAAAGGAUAAUAAUAAAAAAAAUAAUAAUAAUUUAUAUAUAAAUAAUGACGUGUCGAUGAAAGAUAAUAAUUAUAAUAAUGAUGAUCAUGAUGUGUUUAGAUCAAAGAAUAAUUUGAAUGACGAAGAAGAAAAUCAAAAAAUUGAUGCCCUCUUGGAAAAAGAUAUUUUGUAUGAACAAUGUAGUGACCCUUAUAGUAAUUAUGAAGAUGAUAAAUGUUUAAGUUCAUUUGAUGAAUAUGAAAGUGAUUAUGAUGAUAAUUUUGAUGCUGAUCCUUCAGAUUAUAAUUCUUCAGAUGAAGAAGAUUAUAUACAAAUAAGAAGAAUAAAUAAAGAACAAGAUGAAGAAAUAAAAUUAUGUGUUGUAUAUAAUAUUUUGAAAAAAUUAUUUAAACAUAUUCAUGCUCCAAGUUAUUUACAAGGAAUACGAUUAAAUUAUUAUAAAAUAAUUUUAAAAUCGUUAGAAAAUUUUAGGAAUGAAAUUAUUAGUGUUCCUAAUUUUAUUGACAAGAUACAAGUACAAUUAGAAAACGAAUCAGAUCCUCGAAAUAUCUUAGUCUUAUUUGAUAUAAUUUAUAUUUUGUGUAAUCGAUAUAUAUCUCCUUUAGAGACAAAUGAAGAUUUUAUAAGUAUAAAUGAAGAUCAUUUGUAUGAACAAAGAGAUGAUGAAACUAUAAAAGUGGUUGAAAAUGAAGAUGAUAAUAAUAAUAAAAAUUAUAAUGAUGAUGAUAAUAAUAAUAAUAAGGAUGAUAAUAAUAAUAAAAAUUAUAAUGAUGAUGAUAAUAAUAAAAAUUAUAAUGAUAAUAAUAAUAAUAAUAAUAAGGAUGAUAAUAAGAAUGAUAAUAAGAAUGACCAUAGUGAUAAUCAUAGUGAUGUAGUUCACAAUAAUAAUAAUGAUGAGAAAGAAAAAGAUAAAAAAAAAAAAUAUAUAAAUAAAGAGUCAUUAUUUACAUAUGACAAAGAAACGAAUUAUUUAAAAUCACUUAUUGAUAUAUCAUUUUAUUAUUUCCCUAUUGAGUUUAUAAAUAAUGAUGGUAGAUAUGAUAGUAUUACAGAAGAAAUUUUAGAAGAGUCAUUUUUUAGAUGUCUUCUAUCAAAUAAGAGAUUAGGUGCAUAUGUUAUAAUGAAUAUAUUAGAUCAGUUUUAUAAUUCUGAUAAUGAUGAAAUAAGUGAGAAAAAUCUAAAAAGUAUUUUGAGAGCCUUAGAAAUAUGUAUACCAUAUUAUGGAUGUGAGUGUGCCUCUAAAUUUAUAACAACGGUUAUAGGUUUGAUAGAUUUAGAAUGUAUAGAAAAUAAUUCAACAGAUAAAAUGAUAGACUAUUUUAUUGACAUAUUGUUAGUAUUUAUUAAUAUAUUAAAUAAAGAAUCUAUAUCAAUUAAAUAUAAUAUAUUUAAUAGGUAUAUAUCUAGUAUGUUUAAAAAAAUUCAAAAAUAUUUAAUAUUACAUAAGAGUAUAUAUGAAAAUAGGACUUAUAAUAUAAAUGAGAUUGUUGAAAUUUUAAGAGGGAAUAAUAAAAUAUAUGAAAUAUAUAAAAUAUAUAAAAAUGGUGGUGAUAAUAAUAAAAUAUAUAUAAAUGAUGGUGAUAAUAAUAAAAUAUAUAAAAAUGAUGGUGAUAAUAAUAAAAUACCUACAAAUUGUGAAACCCAAACCGUUGUUGUAGAUAUAAAGGAGACAUCUGGAAUUAUUAAUUCAUAUGACUACUCGUCUCAUAAUUCUUCAGAUGAUGAUGAGAAUAAUAAUAAUUAUUUAAUAAAUACUAUUGAAGAGAAUAAAAAUAAUAUGUAUGGAAGCGACGAAAGUGAUAAAAAUAUUUUUUCAAUUAUAAAAGAGAAAAACGUAAUUGAUGAAAUAAAAGAAAAGAAGCAGAAAGAAAAAAAAAAGAACAAAAUAAAAAUAGAUAAAUUUAAUGUAUUACAAAAAAUAUUAAUAAGUAUAUCAAAAGAGAAUCAUUAUAUAUUUUUAUAUAUUAUUUAUACAAUAAUAAAGCCAAUAUUGAAGGAGUGUUAUUAUUUAAUAUGUUUUUUAGCUAGCCAAAAAGAGGUAAUGAAAAAAUAUACUAAUAAAAUAAAUCAUAAUAAUAAUAAUAAAAUAAAUCAUAAUAAUAAUAAAAAUAAUAAUAAUAAUAAUCAUUAUAAUAAUAAUAACUCGUGUUGUAGUGAGGAUAAAAAAUUCUUUAGUUGUAAUGAAAAAGAAGAAGAAUCAAAAUAUAAUAUAAGAAUUAAAAAAUUAUUCAAUAUAUUAACAAGCUACAUAAAUUUUGUAAAUAAUAUUUUAGAAAAUAGUGUUAAAAUAUAUAAAGUGAUAAAAUAUAAUAUAUAUUUUUUAAAUGAUAUAUAUAUAGUAGGAGAAAUAAUAAAAAUAGGUGGAGAUCUUUUUAUUCAUAGAUAUCAUGAAUGUGGAUUAGAACUUUUCAAUAUUCUUAUAAAUUUGAUAUGUAUUCAUAAUAAUGAUAAUAUUUUAAAGAAUGAAUUAAAUUGUGAUGAUAAUAAUUUAUCUAUAUAUUUAAUAAAUACAAUUAUUUCGUUUUUUUCUAUUGUUGGUUUUAAUAAUGAGUUAAUUGAAAUAUCUGAGUAUAAAAAAAAAGAGAUAUUUCUUUAUUAUAAAUGUUAUGAUAAAUUAUAUAAUCUUAAUAUAGAUAAUAAUUCAUUUGAUUAUAGAUAUAUAUGGAGAGAACAUAUUAUAAAAAAUUGUUUUUCUUUUAUGGAGGAUAUAAAAAAACAUAAUGAAGAAAAUAUAUUAAAUGAAAAUAGUGAAUUUAAAAAGAAUACUUUAUUAUUUUUUCUUAGUUUAAUAAACAAAAUAAUAAAAUAUAAAUAUGUUCACAUUAAAAAUUAUAUAAAUACUAUGUUGAUAAAUAUGUCUUUAUUAAUAUUAAAGAUAUAUAUAUGUCAGGAAGAACAUAUGGAUCGAUAUAUUAAGUUGUUGAAAAAAAUGUGUCAAAUGGAUGAUAUAACAUAUAUUAUAUUUGUUAUUACGAAUAUUUCAUCUUUUAUAUUAAAUUAUUUUUAUAAGGAUGUGCAAAGGUUUAAAGACCACUAUGUAUGCAUAAAGAGUGAUAAUAUAUAUAAAGAUAACAUAUGUGGUGAUAAUAUAUAUAAAGAUAACAUAUGUGGUGAUAAUAUAUAUAAAGAUAACGUAUGUGGUGAUAAUAUAUAUAAAGAUAACAUAUGUGAUGAUAAUAUAUAUAAAGAUAACCUACAUGGUGAUAAUAUAUAUUGUGAUGAUACAUAUAAAUGUUCAGACAAUAUUAAUGUGAUAGAAAAAGAGGAACCCCCCCCCCACAGUAACUUAUUUCAAUACAUAUAUGACAAACAAAAUUAUAAUUAUUGUCUAGAUAAAAACAUUUUAAAGGUAGUAUAUACUUUAAAAGUUACAAAUUUGUUAUUUGAAAAAGGUAAAAAUAUAGAAAAUGAGGAAAAUAAUAUUAACAAGAAUAAUAAUGAAUUGAUGAAUGAUAAUAAUAUUUGUGUGUAUGAAAAUAUAAAUAAUUUACAAUUAGUAGAUAAUAAUAUAAUUAAAAUUAUAGUUAAUUUAAAUAUAGAUGAUAAUGAAAUUAUUUAUUAUCAUUUUAAUUUUCUUUUACGUUUGACAUAUUUACAUAUAUAUUAUAUAUAUGUUAAUAUAACGAAUAUAUUAUUUUUAGAAAAUCAUAAUAAAGAUAAGAGAAUAUUAUCUCUUCAAAAUAUUAACAAUAAAGAUGCAUGUAAGAAUAAAAGAGAAAUGUUAUAUGAAAUAUUUAUUUGUAUAAAUAGUAUGGAGAUUAUGGAUUUGUGUAUCAAAUAUAUGUAUGAAGAAAGUGUACUUAAUAAAUUUUUAUUUUUAAAAGAAAUAGAUAAUCACAAAAAAAAAAAAGACAUGAUAGAAAAUAAUAAGAAGAGUGUAAUGGUUGAAAUGGAUUAUAUGAAAAUAAUGGAUGAUGAUAAACAGAAUAUAUUAUAUUACAGACAAUAUUUGAACAAGAUAAAAGGAUUUAUAAAUAUAAAUGAUAUAAAUAAUUUAGAGCUUAUUUCUUUUGAUGACACAGAAGAAAUAAUAUCAGAGGAAAAAAAAAAUAUUCUAGAAAUUGAUGAAAAUAUUGAUAAGGAUAAUAAUAGUUUGAAUAUUAUAAAUAAUAAUUUAUUUAAAUAUAAUAUUAUGAAAAUGCCAAAUAAAAUUUUCAAUUUUAAAAUAUUAAUUAAUAUACAGGAGUUGUUAUAUAUAUUAAAAAUAAUAUUAAGUAUACAUAUUGUCUAUAAUAAGAUAAAAAAUGAAUAUAAUAUUAUUAUAAAAAAUAAUAAAGAGGAAAGAUUAUUAUUUUCAUUUUGUCAAUAUAUAUAUUAUAAAUGGAAAGGAAUUAUGAAUUAUCUGUUUAUAUAUUUUGAUAGAAUAAAUAAUAGGAAAGAAUUUUUAGAAAAUUUAAUUGAUCAUUGUUUAAAUAAAGUAGAUGAAUAUGUAAUAAAUCAAGAUCAUAUUGAAGAUGAUAUAUAUUGUGUUAUAUUUAAAAAUAUUUAUAAUUUAAAAGAUAAUAAUAAUAAUAGUAAUAAUAUUAUGAUUAAUAAAAAGUAUGGGGACCAUCCUAUAUAUUUGUAUAAAUCAUUAAACGUUUUAUUAAUAUUUUUUAUUCCUUCAUUGUUAGGUUUAGAUAAUAAUAUAAGUGAACAACAUAUAUAUGACUUGUUGCAUUUGUCUAUGUAUGUAUAUAUGUUAUAUAUAUAUAAUGUGACUACAAAUUUUAAGUCAAUAAAAGGAACAGAUGUGUUGCAAGAAGGGAGUAACGAGAAUGUUGAAGAGGAUGGAUGUGACCAUACAACUAUUACACACCGUAAUGAUAAUAAUAAUAAUAAUAAUAAUGAUGGUGAUGAUAAUUAUUAUAGUGAUAGUGACUCAUCUGAUGAUAAUAUCAAACGUGAACAUACAAAUAUUUUUAAAAAAUCUUUCUUCUUUAAAAAAAAAAAAAAUAAAAUAAAUAAUAAUAUUAUUAUGAAUGAUGAUGUAUUGAAUAGUUAUGAUACCUUUAUAAAUUUUUUUAAUGAAAAGAGUAGAACCAUACUUUAUUGUGAUGAAAAUGAAGUGGUUGAUAAGAAAGAUGUGGUUGAUAGUAACAACGUGGUUGAUAGUAACAACGUGGUUGAUAAGAAUGAUGUGGUUGAUAAGAAUGAUGUGGUUGAUAAGAAUGAUGUGGAUGAUAAGAAUGAUGUGGUUGAUAAGAAUUAUGUGGAUGAUAAUAACAUGAUUGAUAGUAACAACGUGGAUGAUAAUAACAUGGUUGAUAGUAACAAUGUGGAUGAUAGUAACAACGUGGAUGAUAAUAAUAAUAUUGUUUACAGAAAUAAUAAUGUUAACAAAAUAAAGUAUGAUGAGAUAAUAAGUGCAUUAGAUUUUAUCGAUUUAGAUCUAUAUGAAAAUAUUUAUGAAUGUGCCUUACAAAUAAUAUCUAUAAUAAUAUAUAAUAAAUUAGAUAAGAGAGAGAAACUUAAUUAUAUAUAUAUGCAUAUGAAUAUAAUAAAAUAUUUUACUAUAACAUUAAAAGAUACUAUACUAUUUAAGAUUCUCAUUGAUCAUUUUACUAAUAUAUUUCAAGCUCUUAUGAAUAAUAAUUUAAAAAAAAAAAAAAAUAUAUAUAUACAUGAAACAAAAUAUUGUCUAUCAAUAGAUAGAUUUUUUAAUUUUAUUAGUAACACAUUUAAUGUUCCUUUUUAUGAAGAUAAAAAAAAUGAAAGUAAAAUGAUGAGUAGUUGUGAUUAUGAUGUUAUGAAUAUAUAUGUGCAGAUGGUUUUUUUUUUGUUUGAUUAUUUAUAUUUUAAGAAAGAAAUAAUUCACAAUAAAAGAAAAUAUGAUUUAUAUUUAAUACAUGAUAACUAUGAUAAGGGUGAUUAUAAUAAAAAAGGUUGUUAUAAUAUAAAUGUUCAUAUAUUAGAUAAUAUACAUACAAAUAAAAUCAUUGAUGAAACAACUGAAGAUUGUAAUAAAAAAAUAAAUAUCAAUUGGAAAUAUUUAAAAAAAAUAAAUAUAAGUAUAUAUAAUUCUGUUAUAAUUAGAUUAAUAAAUGUAGAAUCAUUAUUUGAUAUACAUAAAGAAAAGGUUUCCACUUGUUGUCAUGAAGAGAGUUGGAAUUUUUAUUUUAUGUGUCAUUUUUUUAUGUCCAUAUUUCAAAUGUUUUCUAUAUUUUAUGAUUUAAGUUUUUAUGUGAACAAAAAAGAGGAAGAGUUGAAAAAAAAAAGUGGAACACAUGGAAUGUCACAUAAUAUAUAUGAAGAAGAAAAUAUGGAAAGUAUUUACAUACAUAUGAAUAAUAAACGAGAUAAGCAAUUAUUAAUUAUAUUUUAUUAUACUUAUAUAUCACAUAUAUAUAGUUAUUUAUUUCCAAAUGUAUAUAAUAUAGAUACAAAUACAUUAUUUUGUAUUAAUAAUUUUAAUAGUAUAUAUUUUAAAGAGCACCAUAAUUUUUUGAAUACAUACAAAACAUUUUUGCUUCUUUUUCUUUAUCAUAUGUUUAAUUAUUUAUAUUUUAUUGAUAUAUCAAAUAAAUUUAUAACAAUAACAGAAUAUUUUUAUUUAAUAAAUAAAUAUAAUAUUUGCUUUGAAAGUUCUUUAUCUUAUGAUUUAAUUCGCAAUAAAAAGGAAGUCGUUGAAUUUGUUGAAAAGAAUGUAGAAAAUAUGUCGGGGGGUUUAAUAAAAAAGAAUUACAAUAACAUUGAUAAGGAUGAAAAUAAUAUCAUGAGAAAAAAAAAUAAACUUGUUAUGUCAACUAAUGAAUAUAAUAUGGAUAGAUAUAAAAAUGAUAUAAUAAAUUCUAUAUAUGAAGUAAAUACAAUAAAAGAUAAAUCACAUAUAAUAUAUAAAAUAAAAUGUGAAAGAAAACAACAAAAAAAAAAAAAUAAUAAAUUAAAUUGUAAAUAUCUAACUAUAAUUCAUUUGAUGUCUAUAGUGUUAUUAAAUAUGUCCAUUCAAGAAAUUGUAGAUAAUAAUUUCUAUGCAAUCUUAGAAAUAUGUAUAUUAAAAGGAAUUAAUAAAGUUGCCAAUUUUUUUAUUAAUAAGAAAGAAUAUUUGACAAAUAAUAAAAAGUAUAUAAUGAAAGUUUUAAAACAUAAUAGUGAUAUAGUGAAACAUAUAUUUACACGUGAUCACAAAAAAAAUAAAAAAAUAAAAAUAAAACAAAAAAAUAUUAAAAAUGAAUUAUUAAUUGAAAAAAAUUUAGAAAAUACAACAAAUGAAUGUAUUAUUCAAAAUAUGAUGUAUGAUAAAAACAUACCACCAUAUAGUGAAUAUAAAAAAUUAAUAAUGAGAAAAAUUAUUUCAUUGAAUCUCAUUUUGUGUUUACGAUUAUUAUAUUUAAUUAUUAAUACUCUAAAUUAUUUUUUAAAAUAUGACAAUAAAAUAAUAAAUCAUAAAGAAGAAAAUGAACAAAAUAUUAACAUGUUCAAAAAAAAAAAAUUUAUUUUUUUCUUAUUGUCAUAUAAAAGCAUACUCAUGAAAAAUGUUAUGAAAAUACUUGUAUCUGUUCCUUUAGCUUUAAUAAGAUAUUUAUCUGUAUGUAUCUUAUAUAUUAUAUCUUUUUUUAAUUACGAUUCAUUUCUUUCUUACGAAACGAUUCAAGACAUUAAGUGGUAUUUGUCUAUAGCUUCAAUCGAUCCUCAUAAAAAAGUUAGAAAAAUGGUAGUCUUGUGUAGGACAAGAUGGAUGUAA